AUGCCCCCACGGUCAUUUUUCGCCAGCUCCCCGGUCCGUCCCGUGCUUUACGCACCGAGCGUUAUCAGCUUCGGCGAGCUGCCAUCAGAUGGCACUCCGAUCGCCCGCCGGCUGACGGUCGAGAACCGCGGCCGGCGCGAGGGCCGCUGGGACAUCGAGUACUCGGGCACCACGCGGGUGGCGUUCGAGCCAAGUCACGGCGUGAUGGGUCCCGGCCAGCGGCAGUCGAUCCGCGUGGAGCUGAUCCCCGAGACGGAGGGCGACAUCAGUGAAACGGCCAGGUUCGUCGGCCAGGAGAUGGACCCGCUGGAGGUGCGUAUCGUGGGUCACGUGACGCGCAGCGCCCUGCACCUGCUGGAGCCGGCCAGUCGGCAGCCGCUGCGGCUGGUGGACUUUGGCGCCGCCUAUUACGGCACGCGUCACCAGCGGAGGGUGGUGCUGCACAACGCCGGUGUGCGGCCCAUAUGUUACUCGGUCACCUGGUCACAGCACCAGCCCGGCCAGGAGGUGGCAGUGGACCUGACCCAGUGCCACCUGGCGGCGGUGGCCGACAACCGCACAGAGGACGUGCGUGUCACAGGUCGCUGCGACCCGCCCGAGCUCUGCUUUCACGUGGAGCCGGCCUUCGGCAAGAUCGCAGCCAAGGGCGAGCAGCUGCUCACCAUCGACUUCACCCCGCGGGCGUACCCACCGGAGAAGGGCUUCACCAGCGUGUACCGUUCUCCGCCGAGACGCGACUACUGUCUCUUCCUCACCAUCGAGCCGUCCAUCGCCGACCUGCAGCAGAACCUCGAAUUUGGCAGAGUCUACCUGGGUGUGCGGGCAAUGUCUCUGCCAGUCAUGUUCGAGUUCGAGCCAAAACAGGCACACUUCCCCGAGACCCGUCCCGGGAAACGCAUCCUCAUGCCGUGCAAACUCAUCAACCAGUCCAAGGUGCUGCCGCUGCGCUUCACGUUUAGCGACAUUGCUCACUUCCGAGCCAGCUGCAACAAAGGAGUUCUGAAGCCGGAGGAGACGAGGACGAUGCACAUUUUGUGCAAGCCCACUCAGAUAGGUCCGCUGUGGCGGUACAUUCAGCUGGAGCUGCUGGGAGUCGACACGGGGGUGAGCGCCAGCGCCGAGACCGAGCCGUCAUCAGACACUGAGCCUCGUCUGCUGGUCUCGGCGCGACUGCGCGUCUCCACCUACUGCGCUCCCAUCACGCCGCAGAAGAAGCCGCUCUUCGUGCCCGGUAUCACGCCGCUGUGGGGUCACAACGAGAUCGGUCUGAACGCGGAGGCGCUGCAGCGGCCGAGUGCCGCGGCGCCGGUCGGGACUCUGGCCGGAGUGCGCACCACCAAACACCGCUGGGUGCGCUGGGCGUCCGUGAAUCAGCAGGAGCGCUGCUUCGUGGCGCUACCCAACGACCGGGCGGGCAGCAUCCGGCCGUAUCAUGGUCCAUCGCCAGUCAGGUCGAUAUUCACCGGCCAGCCGCGGUACACGUACCUGGACCCGUCGUACCAGUACACUGCUGACGAGUGGCGGCACAUCCUGCUGAACGAGGCCCGCUACCAGGAGUACAUUGACCGCUGUCACAUGGAGAGGUGGCUGCAGCAGGCCGAGCUGGACCGAGCGCUCUACGACGGGCAGGAGGACGACAAGCUGCUCAACAGGACGGCUAGUCAGUUUCUGGGCGCCGAGUUUGCCCGUCUUCUGCGUCAGUGGAGCACCGUCUGUAGCCGGGAGAGACGCCGUCUGCUGCAGCUCCAGGCCAGCGGAGACGGACCGCCAGUUCCAGGGUUGAACGUUGUUGAAGACGACAAUCUUUCCAGCGGUCACAGUGGAAUGGAAGUUCUCGAGAAAUUCGACGAUAAGCCCAAAACGAUGGAAAUCAAGAAAGCAUGCGAGCGAGAGCUGACCUGCGUCGAAAUCGCCAAAGUGAAAAUAUCAAACAAGCUGCUAAACUUUGGCGAGGUGGCGCAGGACGUAUGGGCGUGCCGCACCCUGGACGUGUGGAACCCCCUGGAUGGCCACGUGCUGUUCCGUCUGCAUGUGGACUGUCGGGAGCUGGAGAACACAAGUCCGACGUCGGCCGUGGUGCCACCCCGCUCGGCCGUCCGGCUGCCGGUCAUCUUCCAGUGCAGCACCAAACGCGAGUACAGACGAGUGAUAAAGUACUCGAUCAACGGCACGUGUCUGGACAGCGUGCUGGUGGUGGCCACGGUGGUGAGGAUGCGGCUCGACAUCUCCACCACCAGGCUGCACUUCAAGUGCGCCAACCUCACGUCCAUCUGUGAGUGACCGUCAAACCAUUAAAAACUCCUCGAGGAUGCGGAAGUCACGGAAUGCCUUAGCAGAUGAGCCUAUAUAUUAAUAUCGACGCCUCGAGCCUUCGAGACAUCUCACAUUACAAUGCUCCUAUCAUAGCCAACAGGACACAGGCUUGUUUGCUUCCCGAGUGUCCCAACUCCCACCCAUGCCUGAU